AUGGGCUCCCUCUUCCCUCUCAACUCAGGAUGCUCAUCCUUCAUCGUGAAGCCCUCCGACAAGCGACCUCAGCAGACGGGAGCUCUCGCGCGUCUCCCUGUCGAGCUGAAGCGCAUGAUAGUCAAGAAAAUCGACAAGCCCAGAGCUAAAGACCUUAAAUCUCUAGCCUUGUCUUCAGCUGCGCUCUUCAGUGUCAUUCGCCCACUAUACUACCGGUCAGGCAGCUUUGAAGAUUUCCGGAAAGCACUCAAGACUGCAGACGUCGCCAGAAUGGAGCGCAAUUACGAGUUCGGCGGUAUUGAAGUCUCGAUCGUCUGGGACAAGAAACAUGUCAAGUGUCAAUGCCGCAACAAGCUUGCAAAGCACAGCAAACACAGACCGAUUGACCUUCUUCUGUUUCGCGUCAUCAAAGAAGAAUGGAACCCGAGUUUUGCGAAUGCUCUCAUGUGGUUGUGUUCCAAGGGUUUUUCGCUCCAGCACUGGCCACGUAACCAUCACUCGAUCUCAUCUAUGUCGAAUAUGAUGCCUGAAUCUCUUAUCCAGCUUUUUCAAAGAGGGAUGGGAGAUCAUGACAAAGUCAAAGGAAUCUGCGACAUCAUCCAGUUUCUGAGUGGUCAGGGUCUUCCCAUUCCUCUCCGUCUGAAUCCCGAACGGGCUCCAGGCUACGCAGCAAAGGAACGACAAGAGAGAGCAGUAGACUGCAGUUGCUUAAAAUGCGGUCCUCCCCUGCGUCACGUAUGGCACGAAACCACCAUGACCAUCGCCCUUCGAUCCCAUUGUCCACCCAUCAUCCUCGAAGUCCUUCUCCAGGAGUACACAAAGCGCGGUGUUUUCCUCACGGACUUGGAACUGGAUACUUGGGAAGCCCCGCCAGCACUGAAGGAUUGGUGUGACGCCCAGGAACCUUUCUUCAAAGGCAGACCGCACCACGAGCCGUGGUUCAUCGAGACAGACUUUGCAUCUGUAAUCUCGAGUCUAUACGCCGACCUCAUGGAGCCUGUUACGGGCUGGGAAGAGGAAUAUCAAGGGCAAACAGCCGAUAUCUGGGAAGCCAAGAUGAAGUUGCUCCUGCGCUACAACGCUAUCGACGAGCAUGAGCGGGAUUUGUUCCAAGGAGUUUUGGAUGCUCUUCGACAGAUCGCCAAGAUGAGCCCGGGCACCGGCGACGCCGCCAGAAAGUAUCGAUGGAGCGCAUUCCGCAAGGCUAUUCGAGAUUUCGCAACGGCACCUGAGCUCAUGAGAACGUAUUUGGACCAGGAUGAUUGGAGCGAGUCUGAGUUUCCGGAGGAGACGCGACGUCCGCACCGGUUUUAUAUUGACGAGGACAUCAAUCCAUCGUUCUGGAGUAUCGGAAGUGCUGUGGUCAGAUCUCACGAUUGA